CACCACUCACCGCCGUACCAAGCACUGAUCUUCUCAAACCCAGUUUUCGCUUUAUAACCCUUUCCUUGGCGUGGGCGAUGUCGUUUCCAAGAGCUCCGAUUAAACGAUUCAAUGAACACGUCGGCUGCGCCCCGCCGCCGGGCACCUAUGAGGUGAAGAAUGGCGAGUUGAAGGGGGCAGCGUCCUUCCACAGGGCCGAGCGCUUCAAGGCCACCAAGCCGGGUGCUGGGCAAUCUAUGGCAGAUUCCUUAAUGUCUCCCAUACGUCGGACGAUGUCUGCAGAUGGCCUGGUUGAUGGAUCAAGUGUAAAGAGAGAGAAAAGCAGUUCGAGGGUGACCUUUAAACAUCAAAAAUUGUUGGAGCAGGAGAUCCGCUCCCUGGUUCAGCAUCGAGGAGAGCAGGACCGCAGGCUGCAGGCACUGGAAGAGGAAAUGAGAAAGAUGGAAGCAAAGCUGUUGGCAGCUGUGCGGGAGAAAACAGGCUUGUCUGCCAAUGUGGCUUCUUUAGAGAGACAGCUGGGAGAGUUAAAGAAAGUCAACGAAUUCUUGAAAAACAAGGUUUCUGCAGAUGCCUCAAAAAAGAGGAUAAAUUCUCUCUCUUUAGAGCUCAUUGAAGCAAGAAAUAAACUAGAUGCCAAGGAUAAGGAGUUGAGCUACCUUCAGAUCAGCUCAGAAGGACAGGUGAAAGUCUUACAAUCAGAUCUGGAGGCCUCCCAUGCCAAUCUGGGAGCCCUACAGGAGAGAAACAGGGACCUGGAUAACCUGUACCAUGAAAUUAAAGGUCAUAAUGAGGAGCUGGAGAAUGAAAUGGAUAAGUUGCAUGCUGUCAUCCAGGAACUGCGAGAAGAGAUUAAGGUGCUGCAGGCUUAUCUGGAUACAGCCAAUGAGGAGAUACAGUGUCUGCGUUUGAAGUUACAAGAAAAGUCAUCUGACACUGACAGUAAAGUUGUGGAAUCAUUGGUCAGACUUGAAGAGCUUGAGAAACAGCUAGAGCAGCAUGUUCAAGAGCUUUUGGAAUGCCAGAAUGAUCUUGAGGUUAAGAAACAGGAGCUCCAAGACUCCAAGGAUGCAUGUCAAGAGAAGGAGAAGCAGCUAGAACAGUGUACUCUGGAGCUGCAAAUUUCCAAGAGUGCAGUGGGGCAGCAGGAGCAAGAGCUGGCCAGGUUGAGGGAUGUACUGCGGCGUACUGAGGAGGAACUGGACCAGAGAGUUGCUCUCCUUGGAGAGAGGUGUGUGGUCCUGGAGCAGGAAAGAGGAAGGACACAGGAAGAAGGCCUGAGGAGGGUGGAGGAGCUUAAAGCAGAAAUAUGUUCACUGCAGGAAAAGAGGAGGAGUGACAACGAGGCACACAAGCAACUUCUACAGUCUCACGCAGCCCUGAAAGAACUGUUGGAGGAGGAGAAGUUGCGGUCAAGCUCACUGAUGGCUUUCACCGAGCGUUUACAGAGUGAGAUGGAGACAGAACGUCGUCAGUUAGAGGCGGAGCUGGAGGAGGCACUAGAUGAGCUUUCACAGCUGGAGGCUCAGGAGCAGCGUGAUGAGGAGGCAAUUCAACGCUUGGAGCAGGAAAACCAGGAACUGGUGCAAGAACUGAAGAAUGUUCAGGCUACUCUUGAGAGAAAGGAUACGGAACUGGCAAGUUUGGAAGAGCGUCACCUGCUGGAAAUGAGGAAACUGGAAGAGGAGCACAGCGUGUACUUAAGAAAGAUUGGUGAACUGGCCUCAGAGCUGGAGAGCAACAAGAAAUCGAUGAGUGAGUUGCAAAACUUCAAGGAUCGAUGCCAGGAGCUAGAAGAAGAGGUGAAGAAGGUGACCCAAGAGUUAGAGAAAUGCCAUGGGUCACAAGACAUGGCCAAAGAGGAGUAUACCAAGGUCUUGUUGGAUGCUCAAACUAAAUUGGAUGAAAGGGGUGCAGAGCUGAAGAAAGCUUCCCAGGGUCACAACAUGGAGGUGAACCAUCUUAAAGAUCAGGUGGAACAGGAGAGGAAGGAGAAAAAGGAACUUCAACAAUUGCUGGAACAAGAACGAUUGGAGCGGCAAUUGCAGAAGGAUGAAUCACUGGACAUAUGUGUUGAGGAAAUAAAAGAGCUCCGUGUCCAGGUAGAGCACUUGGAGCAGGAGAAACAGGACAUCAAAAGGCAGAUGGAAGAGGAGAAACUGGACCUCCAGAAGCAACAUGCAGCAGAGCUCCAGAAGAGUGUUGCAUCCAUGGCAGAAAAUCUUUGGAAAGAAAGAUAUGAAGAACUCUACGCCAAAGUCAAACCUUUCCAAGAACAGCUAGAUAACUUUGCAGCCGAACGGGACGCCCUGAUGAAUGAAAACGGCGCCACACAGGAAGAGUUGAAUCGUCUGGCAGACGCUUAUGCCCGUCUCCUCGGUCACCAGAAUCAGCGACAGAAGAUCAAACAUAUCGUGAAACUGAAAGAGGAGAACAUUUCUCUAAAGCAGGAAGUGUCAAAACAGAAGACUCAAAUCACAAAGCAGAAGAAGGAGUUGGACCAGCUAAAGGCACUGGGUGCGCCACGCAAAUUUGACCGAAGCAAAGCCUUCAGACAUGAGAGCAAGGAGAACCAGCAGCCCUCUGAAGUGCUCAGGGAAGGAAACUGAAAAGUACACAAGACUCCUGCAACAACUCUGGAAUCCCUUCUGUGGAACUGUGUCCUGGGCUGAAUGUUUCAAUUGGACAGGCUGGGGCUGAACACUUCAGUGGUGUGGUGGACAGUUGAGUUUAGCGGUUGUGUUUGGAGAAACUGUAGCAAUGAAUGAGUCACACCUGUCAGGGUGUGUGGAUAUGAAAGUGCUUGUUUUCAUGUUAGUGGUGUUUUGUAUAAGGGUGAAAUGUUUCCAGAAGUAAUGGCAGUGUGCAUCUGAAGUCAUUGAAGUCUCAUGAUUAUGUAUUGAGCCUGGAUUUGGAAAUCAUGUUACAUAAGACUUAAAUCUCACUAGUUUGUGCAGGCAGGUGGUCACCUGUAAGUUUAGCUUUGAUUAGUGUUAAUUAUGACCAUUUCCUUACCAAACAUUCACAUAUUGUGAGAACUAUUGUGACAUUGUAACCUGAAUGUGAAAUAUACUAUUUUCAUAUGAACACAUCCUGUUUUUGUAGUGUCUCUAACCCCUUUUCUGAAAGGUUGUUUUAUUGGGGGUGGCAUCUACUUUUUUGGUUAC